CACGGACAUCUAUACAAUAGGGCAAUUAGCUCAUUUGCAAAGUAAAACAUUUUUUUUUAGGUGAAGUGGAACUCAAAUACAUGCGGACAUGGAUGACACACUCUUCCAACUGAAGUUUACAGCAAAACAGCUUGAGAAACUUGCCAAAAAGGCAGAGAAGGAUUCAAAAUCUGAGCAAGCCAAAGUUAAAAAGGCUCUUCAGUUGAAGAAUGUGGACGUUGCCAGAGUGUAUGCAGAGAAUGCCAUCCGUAAGAAGAACGAGGGCCUUAAUUGGCUGCGCAUGGCAUCUCGUGUUGAUGCUGUAGCCUCCAAGGUCCAGACUGCAGUCGCUAUGAAGGCGGUCACAAAGAAUAUGACGCAGGUCACCAAGGCACUCGACAAGGCACUGGGUUCCAUGGACCUGCAGAAGGUGUCUGCUGUCAUGGACAAGUUUGAGACACAGGUCCAGAACCUGGAUGUUCACACCUCUGUGAUGGAGGACUCGAUGAGCUCGGCCACCACGCUGACCACGCCCCAAGACCAGGUGGAUGACCUCAUCCUCCAGAUAGCAGAGGAGGGUGGUCUGGAGGUGAUGGACCAGCUCAGCCAGGUGCCUGCAGGUGCCACCUCACUGGGAGAGAGCUCGUCACGCUCACAGCACGAGAAGGAGGACCAGCUGUCCCGCAGGUUGGCAGCGUUGCGGAACUGAAGAUAUAUCUUGGGUAUUUGCGAGACAGAUGGAGGCUUGACAGCUGCUUGGGAACAGACAGCGGGGAGCUGUGUGACUCUAUCGAACUGUUCUUAUCGUGAUGACCUAAUGAGCCUAUUGAUUUCCAUUCCCACUUCUAUUUAUAUACACACUCACACUGUGUUGCUGAAUAUACCACCUGAGAAGGCAUGGGUCUCUCCUUUGCCUCUCUGUCCAUCUCUC